UUUCAGUUGGUCGGACAGGAGGUGUGUAGUGUGUGUGUCUCGUCGGGUGUGGAGGGAGAAUGGAUAUUUUUGUUUACUUAGACAUUUGGUUAAAUAACUUUUCAAUACCCUUAUAAUACCAUAAAGUGCACUUGUGUCGUUAAUAAAGACAAUUUCACUGCCUAUUUAUUCACCGUAAUACUAAUUGUCAUAGAGAUAAUUCCGAAUCCUCAACUGUGGUAUUUAAUUUUGUUUGAAACGAUCAUAUCUUUGGGCUGUGAAAGCUUUCCAGCAGUUGCUUUACGUUUCGCCCGGAUUUCAAAGAGCAAAUGAAGUCAACGUCAGGCUUGGUUUGAUGUUCAAAAUUACACAAGAAUAUGAAUCAGCACACAAACAUUUACAGUUAGCGUUAGUGGAUAACAGCCCGUCUACAGCAACAAAAAAUACAAUUAAAUUCCACAUUGCUCACUUAUUUGAAGUCCAGGGCAAAGUAAAAGUUGCCAAGGAGCGAUACGAGACGCUGCUAAAAGAGAAGACCAUUUCCCAGUCGCUGAGAGCAGACAUAUUCCGUCAGUUAGGUUGGUUAUAUCACUGCCAAGAAUCACUAGGAGAUAAAAGCCAGAGAAUCCCAUUGGCUAUACAUUACCUGCAAAGAGCUAAUGAAGCCGAUCAGUUUUCUGGUCAAACUCUUUACCUGUUAGGGCGUUGUUACGCCAGUAUCGGUAAAGUCCACGAUGCCUUUAUUGCUUAUAGGAACUCCGUGGAAAAAUCUGAAGGAAAUGCGGACACUUGGUGUAGCAUAGGUGUCCUUUACCAGCAACAAAACCAGCCCAUGGAUGCUUUACAGGCCUACAUAUGUGCCGUACAGUUAGAUAAGUGCCAUUCCGCAGCUUGGGCCAAUUUAGGAAUAUUAUACGAGCAUUCUCUGCAAGCAAGAGAUGCGUAUGCUUGCUAUUUGAACUCAAGCAGAGGACUAUCUAAUAAGCAAACAAACGACGGAUCAGUUAACACGAAUAAACUUCCAAAAAUCAACUUUCCAAAUUUGGGCAUGAACCCACAUUUGACACAACGUAUUAACUUUCUCCAGACCCAUCUUUCCAAUGCUCCAAUGCCAAGCGUUACUUCACAAAGAAGGCAACUGCUUUCUAUUGAAGAAGCUUGGAAUCUUCCGAUAUCGGCGGAAAUGUCUUCGAGACAACAGAACUCAUCUCAACCGAAUCGCAGUACAUCGCAGGGGUUUCAGAAAAAUUAUUCAGCUACAACGCCUCAGGGUCCCCCUCCCCCAUACCCUUCACCAAAUGGUACCACCACAAAAAGGUUCAAAAUUGAACCAGAUCAAAAACCGCUGUUAGGUCAGCCUGCAUAUGCACUAACCCCCCAGCAAAUGCAACUAUUAAACCACCUUCAACAAAACGUCAACAACCUUACACCCAGUCAACAAGCUUCUUUGCAACAGUUGCAACAUCAGUACAGAUUAAUGCAGCAAAAUCAAGGGCAUAAUCAUCGAAACCUUUUGCGAACAACAAGCACACCUCCAGGUUAUACUAACCAGAGCUAUGAUCAAGAUGUAUCUCCAACUAACACUGCCAAAAACGAUAAAAUCGUUCAACCUACCCCUAUCGUCGAACCUCGAGACUACUUGUCUUCUACCGAACCACAUUCGACUGAUCUUGAGCAAAAUUUGGAAGAAGAUCUCAAAGAUUUGUUAUCCCAGAAGGAUCUAGCCACGACACUUGCUGAGAAUUUGCUUAAACAAUUUGGAUCGGAUGUCAUUGAUGUUAAAGAUUCAACUGCCAACUCCAACUCGAGCGGUAACGUUACCAACACUCUAUCGUCAGGACCGUUUUCGCCUUCGAAUAUUUUACCAAAAGAGAUGUCUCAGGACACCAAACGAAAAAUUAAGUCACCUACUCACGAAAGGGUGCUCACCGUCAAAUCGGAACCCCCGUGGGAGUUUGAUUCGCUUCAUUCCAUAGAAAAGAAGUCUGACAUUGACUAUCACAUAGACAUGGAUGCCCAGACAAUUGUAAAACUUUGCAAGGGCGAAGUAAUUAAUGGUAACAUCAACAAUUCCAUUAUAUCGGACACAGCUCCUCCUCCAACUCCGCCAGAUCCGCCUGCAGUGAAGUUGAACCACCAGCAGCUGUUACCUCCCACUCCGUCAGUAUACCUUGACAACAAGAAGCACGCAUUCAGUCCGCAACUGCAAGAAUUCUGCUUAAAACACCCCAUUGCUGUGAUAAGAGGAUUAGCUUCGGCGCUAAAACUAGAUUUAGGCUUAUUUUCGACGAAAACUUUGGUUGAGGCUAAUCCUGAUCACAGCGUGGAGGUUAGAACGCAGAUUCAGCAGCCGUCUGAUGAAAACUGGGACCCACAAACUGGAAGAAAAGUCUGGGCGUGUAUUUCCCACAGAUCCCAUACAACUAUAGCCAGAUAUGCGCAGUACCAGGCUUCUAGCUUUAAAGAAAGCUUAAGGGAUGAGCGUGAAAAAGCUGCUAGUGGAUUAUCAGACUCCGAUUCAAAAGAUUCAACACCAUGUGGUGCGAAAAGAAGAAAAGUUCUACCUACCACACCUCCGUGUCCAGCACUGAAGAACUGUAAGGAACAGAAGACCCUCAAAUUCGGGACAAACGUAGACCUAUCAGAUGAGCGCAAGUGGAGACCUCAACUGCAAGAACUUAUGAAACUACCCGCUUUUGCUAGAGUUGUGUCUGCUGCCAACAUGCUUUCACACGUUGGACAUGUCAUUCUUGGGAUGAAUACAGUACAGCUCUACAUGAAGGUUCCAGGUAGCAGAACGCCAGGUCAUCAAGAAAAUAACAAUUUUUGUUCAAUUAACAUAAAUAUUGGACCAGGAGACUGCGAAUGGUUCGCAGUACCAGACGCCUACUGGGGUUCCGUCUUUGCUCUCUGCGAAAAGAACCAAAUCAACUACUUGCACGGUUCAUGGUGGCCAAUUUUAGAAGACUUGUACCACGCUAAUAUUCCAGUGUACCGUUUUCUCCAGAGGCCCGGUGAUCUUGUCUGGGUAAACGCUGGAUGUGUACAUUGGGUACAAGCUGUUGGUUGGUGUAAUAAUAUUGCUUGGAAUGUGGGACCAUUAACUGCGAGGCAAUAUCAGCUUGCUAUUGAGAGGUACGAAUGGAACAAACUGCAGAGCUUCAAAUCUAUUGUGCCUAUGCUACAUCUUUCCUGGAAUUUGGCCAGAAACAUUAAAGUUUCAGACAAGAAACUUUUUGAAUUAAUCAAGAAUUGUUUGUUAAGGACACUUGUCAAGUGUUGUAGAACAUUGGAAUUCGUUAAAAACAGGGGAGUAGAAGUUAAAUUUCAUGGGAGAGGAAAAAAUGAAGCGUCGCACUACUGUGGUCAGUGUGAGGUGGAAGUUUUCAAUAUUCUCUUCAUAAGAGAGCAAGAAAAGCGACAUGUGGUUCAUUGCAUGGACUGUGCUAGGAAACAGUCGCCGAAUUUAGAAGGGUUUGUCUGUCUGGAAGAAUACAAGUCGCAGGAACUCUGUGAAGUUUACAACAACUUCAUUCUACAUUCUAACACGAAUUCAGCUCACGAACAGUUUCGAAUAACUUAGCUAAAUUUAGAUGGCCAUCGAGGUCAGCUACCACUGCCACAUGUAACUGAUGUACAAGUUUAAUAUUAAUAUACUUGCUUGUUAUAUAGCGUAUGACUUGUAAAGAAACGUGAUACUUUGUAAUAAUAACUAUUUUGCAUAUUUUUAAUGUACAUAAGUUUGUCUUAUAUAAGGUGAGUUAACGGUGCUGAAGUGGCUUCAUGUUUACUGAUGGAAUUUCGUCAGACUAUGCUGUAUCUCAAAUGCUGUGGUUAAUAUGUAGAUUAUUUCAUACAUAUAGACAUUUAUGUACAAUAAGCUCACCCACCUCUGACAAAAACCGCGAGUUUUUAAUUGUCUUUGAAAGCUGAAGCUUUCCUACAAACUUUGUGCAGUAUAUCUUGUCCUGCAUUAUACCAAAAUGUCAAUAAAUCUUUAUUAUAUGCAAAUAUACAUAUUUUUAUGACGUUGAGGUACAUAUUAAUAACAUCAUUUGAGAUACAAGUUAACCUAACGCAAUUUUACCUUCAGACUUGAACUUACUGGGUUGCAUCGUUGACUAAUUCUGUAAGAUUCAUCGAUAGUCUAAGGAUUAGCACAGAUAAUUGACAUUUUAGAUGGAAUAAGAUGCUAUAGUCCGUGUUGGAAAAUAUUAGGAUUCGCGAAAAUGCAUUACUGUUCUACAAGGUGAGUCAAACGAAGAUACCUUAUUUCUGUAACUCAUAAGAAAGUAUUUUUCACAACAAUAUGACGAAAUGACACCAAUUAAAUAGUAUAGCUUGUUCGGUUGAAAAUUGUUAUGGAUCUCAAUUAUAUUAACUUACAGCAACAGUCAAAACAACACAAUUCAAUUGUUGCUUAUAACUCCAAAAAACAAUUGCAUAAAAAAGAACUUUUAUACUGUGUUUCAAACGUUAGAAUCAGUUAAUUAUCCUAGUAAAUCCUCUUUUUGUAUUCCACAGCGAUGAUCCCAUCGAGCAAAAAGACAAAAGAGGGAAUGUAAAGGUAGUGGGGCAAACAUAUUGUUGACAGGAAGUGCGAUCUUUAGAGGCCACAUUAAACAAGGAAAGAAAGUCUCUCUCCUUGUUUGACAUCAAAUUUAGUUGGGUUAUGUUAUUGUUUGUCCCAAAUGUCACAUGAAAUCUUAUUUAUAUUGAAGUUUUUUAACAAUUGUGUCGCAUUUUAGACUAUUAUCGUUAAUAAUUAAUUCAAACUUUCUCGUCUAAGACACAUUCUGAAAAAUAUUAUAUAGCUGCUGUUGAUAAGUAUCGGAAAAUUUAAAUUUGGCGCAUUCGUAUUUCCGGAUAUGUCUGCCAUCAGAGGCCACUUUUUGGUCUCUUUUUCAUAAGGAUUAGAUUCCCUCUUUUGUCUUUUUGCUCGAUUGAUAAUCCUCAACAAGUUCCUGCCUAAUACUUUCAUUUGCUUCUUUUUCUCAGCGGUUUUCAAACAAUGUAAUUUAUUUUUCUUAUUUCUUUUUGUACCGUGUCACUUCACUGCACGUACCUUUUGUACCUCAUAAUUUUUAUAUUUCUUAUAAAUUAUAAAUCUUGUUAACCUUCCAUCCAUGGCCUUCCACGUCGUUCCGUCAGGAGACAUCCAUGUCACCUUAUGUGUUUCUUUUCGUUCUAAUGGGUGCUCCCUACCACCAUAUUUUUCCCAUCGCAAAACUGAUUAGCCUUUGGCCAUUAUCAUUUGUCACCCUAAUUCCAUUUCCUUAAUUCUAUUUUAGGCCAUAAAGUUUUUGAGUUGUGGCGUUUAAAAAAUUAUGUUUGGUGUUUGGAGAUAAUUCACUUCUUUGUUAAAAUUGUUUUACGUGUUUUUUUAUUGUAUAUUUUAUUGUAUAUUUGUCACAUAAAUAAGAAAAAAGACGCUAUAGUGUAAUAGGUAAAAAAUACUGUCAUUCUGCAGUAAUUUAUAGUUAAAAAAAUACUUGUUUUCAUUUGAAAAUUUAUUGUUUACUUUUCCAUAAUACACUCUCUUCAUUGUUUUUGACAGAAGUUAACUUUAAUAUGAGAUUAAAUCCUUUAGACAUUUUUACAGUCUGAAAUAAUUCCGAUUCCGAUAAUUCCGAUGGAUUUAUUUUUUUAAGAACGUCAUAAGUCGAAAUAAUUGGUAUAUCGCACCCUUGCUUCAAAAGUGACACAACUCAAAAAAUGUAGUUUUUGACGAGAAACAAAAAACUCAUUUUUCAUUGGAUAUGGGAUAAUAAUUGCUUUAUUUGUGGUCGUAAACGUCAAAAUAGUUUGUAUAGAGAUAAAAGAUAAAACACAGCAAAACUAAACUUUAUUUCGACAUCGUUAGCAAAAAACAUAUAACAAAAAUAUUUUAUUUUUGUUAGAUGUUUGUGUAGACAAAUCAAAUUAAAAACACAUGUUUUACUUACUUUAAUUUACAAAAGUGAACCAAUUUCAGUUAAUGCAGUUUACUCUCUUCAAAAAUUUUCAACAAAACUGUGGUAACUCAAAAUAUUGUCAAUAGAAAAUACAAAAUAAAUGAUCAAAAACGACAAAACUAAAAAUAGUGCGACUUCUAACAACGACCAAGACAGGCACGCAACUAACAUUGUGACACUUAUGCUGCAGGGGAAAUACCGAGUGGGAAAUCAUGAAAUGGAUGAUGGCGAAUCCAGUCGCCAUCUCACGGAAGUUUUUGAAUGCAAGUUAAAAUGCUUUUGAUGAUUUGUGUGGGUUUGUUUUCGGAUGAUGUUUAUAGUGAUAACUCAAAUACUGUCGUUUUUAAGUUGUGUCAAGGGUGCAAUAUAGUUGAGUUAAACAAUUUAAAAACUUGUAAUAAUUUUCUGAAAUACUGAUAUAACUCAAAAUAAUACUGCAAAUCAUUUUCACAUUACCUCAACUUCUUUACGAGACUGGCGCAACUGAAAAUAAUACAUUAUUCUUCACAGAGAGUAUUUUAUUAUCUUAUUGUGUUUUUGAGAAAUAUGGUGUAUUUCAAAAUAUGAUAAUAUUGUGCAAAAUAUCGAACCAAGUUGUGCAUAGAGGGCACUAUGCAGUUUUUUGUUGUUGAUUUAGUUGAGAUUCAUAGAUUUUCGUAAACCUGUCAGCUCUACAAGCCUACAGGCUGAAUAGUUUAAACGGCUCAACCACACACGGUGCCUUAUAGUGUAAUAAAGGAGGUUAUGUUCUUAAUGUUUACAAUGUAAAGGGUCAAAUAUAAAGUAUUAGUGUUCUGUAACGUGCAAAUUGAUAUUGGAGUAACACUUAUAUAUCGAUGUCAUCUUAUUUAAGUUCUUCUUACGUUUACCUGUAGUCAUGUAGAGCUGUCGAAUUUGUUACACGGGAGAGAAAAAUAUAGCAGUAGCGAUAAAACAGGGAUAUAAAUAAUUUUUUACUGUAAGUAAUAGAAAAAAGUACAAAAAGGAAAUAUAGCACUAUUAUAAAUCAGUUCUUAGUGUUCACAGAAGCAUCUAUCUUUCAUAAAACUUUAAUUGGUAAGAUUAUUUCAGUCUUAUUAAGAUAUUUAAUGUAAGUCAAUGUAGGAAAACUAUAUUUGUCAGAGUGAAAAAUGUAUGUAUAUAUCAAACCAUAUUUAUAUAACCUGAUUUUGUAAGGUACCUUUCGUUUUUUAAUAUUAAAAUGGCUCACCGUGUACAUAGAAUAUUACCGAUCUGACUUUCGAUUCAUCUCUAGAUAAAAGUGUUUUCUAACUUAUCUAAAAUAGUAUCUUUAUCAUCUUUGCUUUUGUUGAAAGAAUAUUUAACUAUGAACGCAUGUGUCAUCAUCACUAUAAAUCAGUUACACGUUUUUUCUUUAUACUCAAACGGGACAAAUCUUUAAUUUUUACUGAACAAAUUGUCAUUUUAAACAAUGGGCGCAGGCGCCAUGUUACGUGUUAAAUUAUGCGAAAUUGUAGUGGGCGAUCAAAUUACUUGAACUAAUGUAAAUUGGAACUUUUAGUUUAAGAAAAAAUAUAUCCGUAUGUUGCUUUGCAUCUUAUUACAUUAUGUUUUCAUACUCACAAGUUAAACAAUGUGGAUUGAAAAUACUAAAAAUUGUGUCAUAUUGAUUUUUUGUUUUCAGCGGUUUUAUUUGUGUCAUGAGUACAAAUUCAAUUUAUUAAGUAUUUUCCUUUAGCAUUAUACUUAUCCUGACACUAUGGCAACUCUGUGCGAAAGUGUCAACGUCAACAUUGGAUGACAUGCAAUGGACUAUCUAAGCGCUGACGUCACAAUGGGCAAGGAUUUUAAAAACAUUUCCAAACAUUUGUAAUUUGUGUGUAUUUGUCCCAUAAGAAAUUGGAAAUAUUGGUUUUUGAUUGUUUGAAGGUUAAAACUUUUAGUUUCGUGUGAUUGGUAUUAUUUGUUAUUUGUGAAUUUGCGAGGUAAGAAUAUCAAAGUAUUAAGAUAUUUACUAUAAAUAUUCAUAUUUUAAUCAUUUACCGCAUGAUUUUCUUUUUUGUCAAAAAUAAAUUCGCAGAUAAGAAUUUUAAUUCUAUUUUACGUAAAAAUAUUGAAAAAAAUCUAGCUACGAUGAAAACUUUAUUGACAACAAAAUUGUUGGUGCCAAAUAUGGAACAUCAUGCAACAAUGUAAUAUUAAAGUCAAACUAUUUUGAAGCUACAUACUAUACAGUAUGAAACUGUAAAUAACAGUUUCUGUUAACGUUUUAUUUCUUCGAAUCUGUUACAGCUUAUUACGUUAACUGUUCGGUGGCCAAUAUUGGCAUUCCAAUAAUGUCUUGUUGAUGGAAGUUGAAUUAUCGGCAUAUAAAUUGUAAUUACUAUAAAUUGUUCCAUUUCAUAUUUUUUUAUAUUAUCUGAUUUAUCUGGACGUUGUUGCACUGAGUAUAAAUUUGAUUGGUCUGUGAUAUGACCUAAAAGACUAUCAGGAAAGAGAAACUUAAAAAAUUGGACCGGACUUUCUAAUUGUAAAAUCGAAGAAGGUAAAUUUUCAGAAACAGUAAAUUUUGUAUCAUUUUAUGAUUUCAUAUUUCCUUUCACCCAAUUGAGAUUUCUUCCUUUUAUAUCGUAGUCUUCCAGACAAAGGCGUAUCAUCAUCUGAGGAUGUGGCAGAAAUGACAGUUUUCUUGACAUUGCUUGGUAAAUUUUGGUCUUCAUGAAAGAGAUCUGAUUCUUCACUAUUUCUUCACAUAUCUCUUCACUUAUUACUAAAUCAUUGAAUUUAUUUACGAAGUUAAAAAAUAAUUAAAUUAAUGUUUUGUUUUAAUCUUUUUUAAGUGCUAGUGAUUUUAUCCCCUAAAAGACUAAAUAUAUUCGUUUUUUCGUAGUUUAAAUAGUUAAUAGUAGUUUUGUUGUUAUUAAUGAAAAAUCUAGUAAAACUUGAUACAUUCAACACAUGUUUACUAGCUAUUAUAUGCCCAGAUCUAAAAAAUAAACCCAAAAACUAUAUCAACAUUCAAAAAACAUUUUUUAAAACACUCAUUAUGACAGUUAUGGAAAUGUCUCCACAGAAUGUUAUAUUACAGCAUAAACUACAAGAAAACGAAUAUAUUUAGUCUUUCACCGGCAACUAAAAAAGAAUAUACAUUAACUUAAAUAUUUUUCAACUUCGUAAAUAAAUUCAAUAAUUUAUUGAUUUAUUUUGAAGUAACCUUGAUAAAAACAACAAAAUACCUUGUAAUACAGUAAAAAAAAUAAUUAAGUUUUAACCUUACAAUAACAAUUUCUUAAAAUAUGAACAUUCAUAGUAAUUAUCUUAAUACUUACCUCACAAAUUUACGAACAAUAAAUAAUACCAAUCGCACAGAAUGAAUGUUCAUAACCAAAAGUCCUUAUUUAUUGUUCAAAUAAUUAAAAAAACGAAUAUCUCCAGCUUCUUAUGGGACAAUCACACAAAAAGAAAUGUUUGGAAAGAUUUUUAAAAUACCCGCCCAUUGUGAAGUCAGAGUUUAAGUGUCUUGUAAAUUAGUGUUGACAAUCAUUUUUCGAAUCCUGAGAAAACUCCUAAGUAUUUUUCUAAAAUUUAAACGCAGAAUGAAAGAUUACAUUAUUACUGAGGGUCGGAAGUUCCUGAAAGCUUCUAUAAUAAUGUUUAUUUUAAUAGGUUACAGGGGUGAAAAGUAGAAAAAAUUUAGUCUGAUUUUUAAUUUCAAAUAUCUCAUUCAAAAAACUUUUUUAUCAAUUCUAAGGGACUUUCGGCCCUAGGUAAUAAUAUAAUAUUUCAUUCUGCGUUUAAAUUUUUCAAAAAUAUUUAUUAGUUUUCUCAGGAUUCGAAAAAAUUGAAUGCUUUUAAAAAGCAUUGGCCCAAAAUUUUGCUACUACGCUCUUAAACUGUAUUAAACAAAAAGUUCAAUUUUACCAAGUUUCUGAAAUAAUUUAAUGAUGGUUUUCUGUAACUCAAUGAUACAAUACUCUAUUUACAGUUAUCAAAUUAAUUAAUGAUUCAAUUAUUAUAAUUAUAAUAAAUUAAUUUUGCAGAAUAUUGAUAGUAAUGUAGUCCAAUUAGUACCUGAAACGAAGUUCAUUAUUUUCAUUGUAUCGGGUGUAUUCUGAAUAAUUAUAAAUGCAGUGUUCAAUAACUAGUUGCAGUGUAUCUGCAUAAAGCAACUAAAUAGAAAAAAUUGUGAGUUUCUCCUCUCGUUAGUCACAAUUUUGAAUUGAAGUUCAAAGGUUUCAAUUUUGUUCAGUGUUAUUUUCUUCAAUAAAGCUUUAAUUAAUCUCAUAUUUAUUGAAUAUAUUAUGAAAUGUAAUUUUUUCUUUUGGCUUUGUGCUGCAUUUUUAAAGUAUAUUUGGCUUAAUUAUUGAUUUUUUAUAUUUAAUACUUUUUACUAAUUUUACUUUUUAUCAUUUUAUUCAAAAAAAGGCAUUACAUUUAUACUUUGCAUAUUUUCUGACAUAAUUAACGUUUAAUUAAGACAUUUAUUCCUUUUUACUUUUUGCUCUCACUUUUCCGAACACUGUUACAAUUGACAGUUCAAUGAUAAUUUUUUUCCUAUUUAUUGCUGGUCUUCUGUAUAUGUAAUAGAUUCACUUUGUGAAAGACCUUUUGAUGCAGAAGUUAAAAAUUAUUGUUAAUGUGAGUUAUGCGAAUAAAAUUUUUUUGAUUGGACACCAUAACAGAACGAUCAAGUUGACUGAUUUUAGUGAUGAAAAGUUGGAUUUUAAAAAAUAUUUAUUGUAUGAUUAUUUUAUCACUCGUUUGUAUUUAUAUGUAGGUAAAUACCGAUCGUGACCAAUUUGAGGUCCUUUUGUAAAAGACUGUCUCAUUAGUGUAAGUUUUGGCUGAAGUACGUAUUUCUAAAAGGAGAUAUAAGGAUAUAUUUAUGCAUAUAUGCAACUAAAAAGUGUGUUUAUUUCAUUAUUUUCUUGGGCGAUUUUGUUUCGCCUUAUAAUUAUAAUGUUCCGGAUUUUUUAUUGAUUUUUUUUCGAAAUACAGCUUUGGAAGCUUUCGAAAUUAGAUAUAAUUGAGUAUUAUGAAAUUUGAUGAUUAAUUUUUGAUGUUAUUUAUUGUGACCGAUUGUAUAUUUUGAUUAUAUAAUUAAUUAUUUACAAUUAUGUACAAAUUACUUUAUUUUAUUC